AUGGCGGAUGCAGUUGUGUCACCUCUCCUCAAGGUUCUGUCUAACCGGUUGGAUUCUCUUGCUGAAGCUCUUGGCUAUGACGUCAUCUUUAAAAAGAUGCGGGAUGCAUUAGGUUCGUUGGGAGCACUAGCUAGCCAAGUGGAAGAACAACCUCUUGGCAGCAACCAGUCAAUCCAUUUGUGGCUAAUGGAGCUGAAAGAAGUGGCUUACAACGCCGACGAUCUAGUUGAUGAUUGGGAGCUAUUGGCCAUGAAGAAGGCUACCACAACGACCAAGGUAGCCAAUUGCUUUUCCCUCAUGUCUGAUGUGUACCGAUACAGAAUCAAGCACAGGAUGAAGGAUCUGCAAGCAAGAUUUGACGAAAUCUUAAAAGGAGGGACUGCACUUCACCUUCUUGCAACUGUUUCUCAAACUACAGAGAGGAUCCCCGGUCUCAAUGUGAACGUCCAGACUUCUUCUUACAUCUCUGAAAUAUCUGCUGUUUAUGGAAGGGAUGUUGACAAAGAGAAAAUACAAGACAUGCUAUUAUGGGAGCAUCAGCAACAACAAGAAGUUCGUGUGAUCGCACUUGUAGGCAUGGGAGGAAUCGGAAAGACAGCUCUUGCACAAGUCAUGUACAACGAAGAGAGAGUAAAAAAGCGUUUUGAUUUAAGGAUUUGGGUUACCGUGGGUGAGGAUUUUGACCUGAUGAGGAUUGCUGAAGCGAUCCUGUAUGUUUCAACUCACAGCUCACAGAAGUUUUCCAACAUGGAUGCAUUAGAGACUGCUGUUACUAUGGAAUUGCGGGGGAAGAGAUUUUUGUGUGUGCUUGAUGAUGUGUGGUGUGAAAAUCUGCACGAAUGGGAGAUCUUGAGGAGAUGGUUUAGUGCAGGUAAUUCAGGAUCUGCUGUUAUGUUAACUACACGCAAUGCAAGAGUUGCGAAUUUCAUGACAGAUGGUGCUGGCCUGUAUUACUUAAGAGCCUUACCUGACAGAGACUGUUGGGAUUUUUUCAAAAGUUUAGCAUUUGGAUCUGUGGAUAAAAAUGUUGACUUCGAAAAGAUCGGUAUGGAAAUUGUUCGCAAGUGUGGGGGACUGCCUCUCGCUGUUAAGACCCUGGGCAGCUUAUUGUCCUACAAAAAACAAGUGCACGAGUGGUUGUUAAUCCUGGACAAUGAUGCACGGGAUUCACUCGAACACGGUGUCUUACCAGUUUUGAAGCUGAGCUACGAUCAUCUUCCAGCACAUCUAAAGCAAUGUUUUGCAUAUUGUUCAGUAUUCCCAAAGGACUAUGCAAUCAACAAGGAAAAAUUGAUCAGGCUGUGGAUUGCAGAAGGUUUUGUUGAGUCAAGUUCCAUUAGGAAGGAGUUGGAGGACGUUGCUGAUGAUUUUUUUGUGGAAUUGUUGCAACGGUUUUUCUUUCAGGAUACUAUGGUAGAUGAAAAUGGUAACAUAGUGGAGUGCCGGAUGCAUAAUUUAGUGCAUGACCUUGCUUUGCAUGUUGCGGGGAUUGAAUGCUCAAUCCUGGAAGAUGAAAAUUCACUGCAUGUCUCAGAACACAUUCGUCGUAUCUCUUUAGUUCAUGAAUCGGGGAUUUCUCCAAAAAUGAUCCAUGUAGCAAAGAAACUGCGCUCAUUGUUUUCUUUCUCUGGUAAGUUCAAGACACUCCCUAUCACUUUCCUAAAUUUCCGAAGACUACGAGUGCUAAAUUUAUCCUCAAGAGGCAUCCGUGAGUUGCCAGUUACAAUUGGUACUUUGAAACAUUUGAGAUACCUCGAUCUCUCUCAUACAUAUAUCAGAUCAAUACCAGAGUCCAUUGCUAACCUGAAAAAUUUGCAGACUUUAGAACUCUCUGAGUGUUACAAUCUCCUGGAGUUACCCAAAGCUAUCUGUGAGUUAACGAACCUCAGACAUCUGGUUAUUAGGUCAUGUUCUUUGACUCACAUGCCAUCAGGGAUUGGAAAAUUAAGAUUUCUUCAAAAUGUGUCAGCAUUCAUAUUGGGUAAGAAAGCUGAUUGUGCUGAACUAAUUGAGCUGGGUGGGCUCAACCUUAGAGGUAGACUAGACAUUAAGAAUCUUGAGAAUGUGAGUAAUUUGGCGCAGGCUCAAGAAGCAAAGCUGUUUCAGAAGCUAAGGCUUCGUUGUUUGGGCUUAUCAUGGGGUCGCAAUGCUCAUCUGGUAGAUGCUGAAUUAUCUGCUGAAGUAUUAGAACGCCUGAUGCCAUCCCCGGUUUUAGAAGUUUUGGAUUUAUCUGGCUACAAUGGUUCAAUUUUUCCAACAUGGAUGGAAAGUUGUCCCCUCAUCAAUCUAGUAAAGGUUUCUCUGAUCAACUGCAGUUGUCUACAACUUCCGCCACUCGGGCUGCUGCCUCUCCUUAGGGAUCUCUUUAUAAAAGGAAUGUCUGCGGUGCAUAUUAUUGGUUAUGAGUUUUAUGGGAAUGCUAAUACAAAUGAUGUAGCAUUCCCAGCAUUGACACAACUUGAGCUUUAUGAUAUGCCGAAUUUGUUGGAAUGGAAGGGUUUCGAAAUAGCUGGAAAACCUGUGUCAUUCCCUUGUCUUGACACACUAACAGUCAAAGGAUGCAACAAGUUGACUGGCUUACCAUCAAUUCCACAUCUUAAAAACUUAGCCUUGUGGCAGAGUAAUGAACUGCUACUUGACUCGUUGGCCCAUCUCAUGUCACUUUCCACUCUUGCUAUUAAUGAAAUGCCACAACUGAAGUCUUUCCCCAGGGAUCCGGAGAACUUGAACCGUAUCACGCAACUGACCAUGUAUGAUUGCGAUAAUCUGGAGUCUCUGUUUGAGGGCAUGGGAGGAUUUACUUCCCUUGAACAUUUGAGUAUUCUAUACUGUAAAAAAUUGGAAUCCUUGCCUAUGGAGCUGAGGUACCUUGCUUCACUCAAAAAGUUUGAUAUUGUGGGGUGUGAAAAAUUGGCUUAUGUCCCAGACAUUAUGCAACACCUUUGUUUGCUUGAGGAGUUGGUCAUUGAGCGUUGUCCCGUGUUGCAUUCAUUACCAUAUAUACCUAUCAGUCUCAAAAAGUUGGUCAUCAGAAGGUGCCCUCAAUUAGAGAAACAACUGGAGAAGGAGAAAGGCGACGACUGGGAUAAUAUAAAACAUAUCCUGUAUGUGGAGAUCGAAAGUGGAGAGUUCAUCGCUGAAGAAGACAUCUUCUGA